GGCUGCCUUCCUCCAGGACAGAAGCUUCUGGGCUCUCCUCUCUCCCCGAGGUGGGCAGCUGGAUGGGCCUCGCUCCCCGUCUCAGGGGCCUUCGCUCCGCCCCGCGUGGCCUCAGGCCUCCGCCUCCCCUCCCUGCUUUUGGUGCUGGACCUGUGUACCCUGGGGUGCCACCUCCGGUCCUGCCCAGGCUGCUCCCUCCACACCCGUCCCCCCAGGGCCGGCGGAGGAGGCUGGGUGGCUGGUGGGGAAGUGAGUCCAGCCCCGCCCCGGCCAGGCUUCCUGUUGGCUGUGGGCGCCGGGGGCCCAGCUGCCGGUAGCCUGGCCCGGGGUGGCCCCCAGGCCACGCAAGUGCUGAAGGUCGGGCUCCCGGAGGGGCUGGGGAAGGUGCCCGCAGUGCAGGCCGGGCGGGGGCCCGAGAGGCCAUCCCUGCUCACAGGCCUCACCUGAGCGCGCGGUCCCCUGCAAGCGCCCACCGGCCUUCCCUGCAGCAUGAGCAGCCCUGAGCCACCCGCCAAGACCCUGGAGCCCGCCGGCCCACCCUGGCCAGCCCAGCCCACCUACAGCAACCUCGGGGAGGUCCGCGCCCACCUGCUGCCCCCCAAGGCCUGCCGCCCCCGGACUCCUGGGUCCCUCUCCUCUGACCUGCAGCCCCUGCCCCCGCCCCUGCCCAAGAAGACGCUAGCCCGGACCCAGUCUCUGCCUACCCGCAGGACCCCCGGCCCCAGCUCUGCCGGGGGAAGGCCACCUCGGAGGUCCCUUCGGGGGUCCCACAGUGUGGACGCGAGCCAGUCCGAGGGGCUGGCCCUCGGCGUGCCAGGCGCAGCGCUGGGCCUCUUCCCCGACCACCUGCUCAGCCCCGAGGCUGUGCACGCUGCACUGGCUGCCCGGCAGCUGGGGGCCCUCCGGGACAUCGAGGCACGGCUCCGAGCCCGGCUCAUGGGUGGCCGCCCGGGCCCCUGCCUGCCAGGCCACGGCUUCCGCCUGCUGGACAGCUCGCCCUGCGUGGAGAGCGGGGACGCCCUCUACUACCGCGUGGUGCGAGUGGACGGGGAGGCGUGGCACGUCCUGGCUGCCAAGGUGCCCAAGCCCGGAGCGGAGCUGCCCCAGCCGUGGGGCGUGGAACUGCAGGCCUCGCUGCCCCCGCACUUCAAUCUGCAGGGGCUGUGCGGCUGGGUGCCCCAGGGCGCACUGCCGGCGGCGCCCUGGAGAGGCCCCGCGGUGCUGGCCGCGGAGGUGCCUGAGCGCACGGUGGCCCAGUGGCUGGCAGAAGGCAGCCAGCAGCGGCCAGCAGAGCCCGCGUGGGAGGUGGCCCUGUUGAUCCUGCAGCUGAGCGCUGCGCUGGAACACCUGGAGGCGCAGGGCGCCACCCUGGUGGAGCUGCGGCCAGAGAACCUGCUGCUGGCGGCGCCGCGGGGCUGUGCGGCCCCAGGACCCCCGCGCCUGCUGCUUGCUGACUUUGGCCACGUCUGCCAACGGACCCAGGGACCCCCGGGGGCUCAUGCGCUGCAGCUGGGCCGCCUGCUCCGCACCCUGCUGGGCCCGGCCACGCCCUUGAGCGCGCCGGUGGGCGUGGGUCUGGAGCGCCUGGCCGCCCAGCUGCCCCGCAGGCUUCCCUCGGCCGCCCAGACGCGAGGUGCGCUGCAGACGCUGCUCUGGGGGCCGGGCCUUGAGCUCCGUGGCCGGCGCGCACUGCUGGGGCCCUGGCUGCGGGUGCGCCGCGCACUCCUGGUCGUGCACCUGGCGGAGCGGGCCGCGGGCGGGGAGGUGCCUGGCCUGGAGGACUGGCUGUGCUGCGAGUACCUGGUCAACGCCACCGAGGCCUCGCUGGGCCGCGCCCUGGAGCUGCUGUGGGACUGACCCCAAGUAAGUGCACCCCUACGGUUCUGAGGCCCGCGGAGAAGCAGCGUCCGCUCCGCGACUGGGGCUGGAGCCAGUGUCUCCAGGAGAGUCCAGGAGGCCGGCAAGGAGCGCAGGGUGUGGCUCCCACCUGAGCCUGGACUCAGGCUCCAAAGGCUCCGGCCAGGAAGUCCCAGCCCCACAUCCUCAAAGCAAAUAAAGUGCCUCCCGCGCCCUGCCAGCUUCCCACCUGCUUUCUGCCUAGCCCCGCACUCGCCAGCUGGAGGAAGCGUCGUCUCCAUCUCUUACUACCCGCUUUGCCCAGGGGACUGAGCUCCGUAGGGCUGGGACCAGGCCUGGCCCGCGGUGCUCAGCUAAUACCGUAAGAUACUGGAGUGGCAGAGGCGAGACUCAUCAGGGAGCUGAGAGAGGGUCUCUGCUGAGGCCUCUGAAGGCCCCCGGGACCUCGUGGUGCCCCCUCCGCCCCACUCCCCCAUGGCAAUCCAGGACCUCGUGGUGCCCCCUCCGCCCCACUCCCCCAUGGCAAUCCGGGACCUCGUGGUGCCCCCUCCACCCCACUCCCCCAUGGCAAUCGGGGGCCUCGUGGUGCCCCCUCCGCCCCAGUCCCCCAUGGCAAUCCCAGGGUCCUUCCUGAACUCAGAGCCAGAUCCUUGGCCUGCUCCAGAACUGUCUUCUGGGAGGUCACAGCCUCCCGCAGUCUGACCUCAGGCUCUGCACCCGCUUCCUGGCCUGCCAGCCUUUGCACACUGCUCCUGUCCCCCGAAGCACUCCCUCCUGUCACCUGGCUUCAGACCCCUAUGCCAACGCACCAAGUCCAAUUCCUGCUUCUCUGCCUCUGCAGUACCCAGACUGGGAAAGUCUGUCCAGCUGUCACCCCAAGGGUCCCCACCACUGUGCUCAACACCUCACUGGCUAGACCCAUCUCCAUCCCUGGGUGCGUCUCUCCUCCCCUGUAAAAGAGACCCCUCACUGGGAAUGGGGUGCACAGCAUAAUCCCAAGUGACUCAGGAGGCUGAGGCAGGAGGAUCCCAGUUUUGAGGCCAGCCUCAGCAAGGACCUAAACAACUUAGACCCCAUCUUUAAAAGAAGGGGCUGAGAUGUAGCUCAGUGGCAAAGUGCCUCUGGGUUAAUUCACCAAUACCCACGCCUCAGAAAAAGAGGAACCCCUUUCAGGUCAGGCCACCUCCUAGCGGAGUUCCACUGUGUGGCGGGUAGGGGGCACUACAGCUGCAUGGACAGCCAAGAGGGAGAACCCAAGCGUCUAGGGAGUCUCCACCACUUCCUGCCACCAUCUUUAGCCUUGGUCCCCAAGUCACCCAGCCCAGCAGCCAAGUGGCCCUGCCCACCUUUGCUCAGGCCCAGACCCCCAAGAGCUGCCCUCAGCCUCCGGAAGCUGCGAGGCCUCCAGAAUGAAACUGCCAUACACACAGCACUGCAGGGUGGGGACCAGGGGCUAAUUCCCAUACCCCUAGUGGACCCAAGACUGUCCCUUGAGGGCUGGUGGACAGCCUAGUCCCUGGGUGCCCACAUGGGACCGUGGGACCACCCAAGCAGACUAGAAGGCAAGCCAGUCCCUGGAACUUAGUGAGACCCUCGGAGAAAAGCUGGAGACGGGUCUCUGGGACGGAGCACCCUUAGGCCCCCCAAGCUGUCCAGAGGCAAGGGAAGGUGAGAAUGGCAGAGGUCAGACUGACCACCCCUGGACUAGGGCCAGAGCAGAGGUUCACCCGCCUGGCACCAGCUCUUGAAUUGGGCGGCAGGGUGGGCUCUGGCCUUGCUUUGCUGACCCCCAGCCCAGGGCACACCUCCCAGGGCCCAGUCCCAAGUUAACACCAAGGAGCCAAAAAAGGUGUGAUCACUUUUAUUGGGAUUUGAGAGCAAUAGAAGGGUAGAUUAACACCUCUCUCCAAUGAAGAGAUCUAAGACUGUUUCCAAGACUCCAAAUAAGAAACUCCUCAAGUACAGAUAAUCUGAAUCAUCUUAAACCAGCAAUAAAAAAGUAAAAUAUAAAUUUUUAUUUAGAAUUAAAGCAAAUACUUCAGUAUCACAAACACAAUAUUAAACUUCAAGAAAUAUACCACUAAUUUGGAGUGAGCAUUUAUUUGCACAAUUACGACAUGCGGACAAACCCAGAAGAGAUGGAGGAGUCUGACAUUUGCACCCCAGCGCAGCUGCCGGGCCCCUACCCCAAACACAGAACACUGGGGGGCCUGCCUUCCAGGGCCUCCAUCUCCAGCCCGGUGGCCACGAGGAGCUGUGUGGCCACUACUCCUCCUCUCCUGAAGACUCUCUCUCGAACGUGUAGGCCAUGAAGCAAGCGUCGGGUCUCUUGGGGACAAGGGGGUGCCCUGGUCUCACAAUCUCAAAGCCCAAAAAGCUGAAGGUCCGGAGCAAAGCGGCUGUGGGGGAAACGCUGUGAGAGCCUGCAAGGCACUGGACACCACAGGGCCUCCCAGCAGAUCAGGACCCCCGCAGGGCAGGGCAGGGCAGGGCAGGGCAGGGCGGUGUGCUCUGGAGGCACCACAGCUCCUCUACCCUGCAGAGCCAGGGUGGC